AUGUCAGGUGUGUUGCAAUUACUACUAGAUUAUUACAAAUCAGUACUCGAAUCAGAUCGUAUAUAUCAUGAAGGUAUAUUAAAAUAUCAUCAGGAGGACGACAACAAUAAUCCGGGCUUCAUAGAGGAUAACGAUACUGGCAGAAGCAGUAGCGUGGCACCAAAGAUCGCCAAUGAAACUUUGUUAUUGCAACGACAAUUGACUGCUUUGACCUCACAAUUACAAGACCUUAAGAGGAAAAAUGAAGCUUUACAAGAACAACAAAAGAGUUAUAAAGCAUUGAAUGAAUCCAAAAUUGCAAAGUAUAAGAGGACCAUUGGCUCGAUGAAGCAGCAAAAUGAAAGACAAACUGGCGAGGCUGAUAAGGAUGAGCAGAACAAUGAGGAAGAUUCAAAAAGAUUCGAUUAUCAUUUGCUAUCACCUGUAGCAAAAAGAGGUUUGAAAAGAGGAAUUAAGAUAAGUAAUGGGAAAGGGAAAGGCAUCGCUAAAAAGGGUACUAUAUUUGACUCUAAGAAGGAAACAUUUACGGACGAUGAGAGUAGCGAUGAUGAUAGUAUAGAUAGUCCUACAGCUAAAAGACUGGCCGGAAAACCUCGUAUGGAACAUGAGGAAUCGUUUCUUAAAUCAUUCGAUACACAACCUUCGGGUAGUAGAAAUGAACCCAUGGAGAAGAAGAAUAAACAACUUGAUGGGUUUGAUAUCCCAAGUUUGAAUGAUUUUUCUAGGGAUGAAGAUGAAGAUGAGGAUAAUCUGGAUGAGAUUCGUCCUCGCAACAGUAAUGAGUCGAUCACUAAGAGAUUUCAUCAUAAAAGAAAACAAUCUACGAAGAAAAGAAAGCUUACAAAGAAGAAAAUUGAAACGAUUGGUGAAAAUGACGCUGGUGAUGACUCAAUGAAUAAGGACUCUCUCAGAUAG